AUGCGUUUCGAUCUCACAUUCUCGGUAUUCUUCGUCCUUGCACUUGUCGCCGAGUGCAAGUUGACUUGGGUUUCUACGUCGCAACAUGACAAUGAAGUAUCGUGUCUUUGCGAGGAUGAGGCUUGGGAUAUAGCCAAACGCUGGCUGAGUAUUUUCUCAACCGGUGGUGUAUCCAGCAAAGCCGAAGUCGCCACGAUCGUUUCAGCCAAUCUCACAAGCUACGACGAGACGGAAGGAGGCCCCUUGAUCGGAAUUGAUCAAUUCUGGGAUGCCGUUUCUGCGGAAGCCAACUCUAACUCGACCGCGACCAAUGUCACGCAGACUCCGGUCUUGCUCUUGCAUUCUUGCGACCAAAUUGCCUACAACUGGCAGCUCACGGCGGUCACGACCGGCCUCAACUCGUGA